ACAACAAUGGUGAAGAGAGUGGCCAUCAUUGGAGCUGGUGUCAGUGGCUUGGCCUCCAUACGGUGUUGUCUGGAAGAGGGGCUGGAGCCCACCUGCUUUGAAAGAAGCAAUGAAGUUGGAGGUCUGUGGGAAUUCUCGGACCAUUCAGAAGAAGGCAGAGCCAGCAUCUACAAGUCUGUGUUCACCAACUCUUCCAAAGAGAUGAUGUGCUUUCCAGACUUCCCAUACCCUGAUGACUACCCGAACUACUUGCACCAAAGCAAGGUGCAGGACUACAUAAAGACAUUUGCUCAAAAGAAGAAUCUUUUAAGAUAUAUACAGUUUGAGACCCUGGUUACUAGUAUAAAGAAAUGUCCCAACUUCUUGAUCACUGGCCAAUGGGAAGUUGUUUCAGAAAAGGAUGAGAAACAGGAAUCUAUUAUUUUUGAUGCUGUAAUGAUCUGUUCAGGACAUCAUGUGCACCCCAAUCUACCAACGGAUUCCUUUCCUGGCCUCAACCGAUUUCAAGGCCACUACCUCCACAGCCGGGACUAUAAGGGCCCAGAAGUGUACAAGGGGAAGAGGGUCCUCGUGAUUGGCCUGGGGAAUUCAGGAUGUGACAUUGCUGUUGAGCUCAGUCGUCUGGUUACACAGGUCAUUAUCAGCACCAGAAGUGGUUCCUGGGUCAUGAGUCGGGUUUGGGAUGAUGGCUAUCCUUGGGACAUGCUGUAUGUUACCCGCUUUGCAUCCUUUCUUCGGAAUGCCCUUCCUUCAUUUGUCUCUGACUGGUUAUAUGUCAAGAAGAUGAACAUGUGGUUUAAACAUGAGAACUAUGGCCUGAUGCCUUUAAAUAGCACCUUGAGGAAAGAGCCUGUGUUCAAUGAUGAGCUCCCCUCCCGCAUCCUAUGUGGCACUAUAACCAUCAAGCCCAGUGUGAAGGAGUUUACAGAGACUUCAGCCAUGUUUGAGGAUGGGACAGUGUUUGAGGCCAUUGACUAUGUCAUCUUUGCAACAGGCUAUGGUUAUGCCUACCCCUUCCUUGAUGACUCCAUCAUCAAAAGCAGAAAUAAUGAGGUCACCUUGUACAAAGGCAUCUUCCCCCCAUUCUUGGAAAAGCCAACCUUGGCUGUGAUUGGCCUUGUCCAGUCCCUUGGUGCUACCAUUCCCACGACUGACCUGCAGGCCCGCUGGGCUGUUAAAGUAUUUGCAAAUUCAUGUAACUUGCCAACUACAAAUGAAAUGAUGGAUGACAUUGAGGAGAAAAUGGGGAAGAAACUCAAAUGGUUUGGCCAGAGCCAGACUUUGCAGACAGAUUACAUCACAUACAUGGAUGAACUGGGCUCCUUCAUAGGGGCCAAACCUAACAUACCAUGGCUGUUCCUGACUGACCCUCAGCUGGCCCUGGAGGUGUUCUUUGGUCCGUGUAGCCCAUACCAGUUUCGACUGAUGGGACCAGGGAAGUGGGAUGGGGCCAGAAAUGCCAUCCUGACCCAAUGGGACAGGACAUUAAAGCCAACCAGGACAAGAGUGGUCGGUGAAGCUAAAAGACCCCAACCUUUUUACAAUUUGCUUAAAAUUCUUUUAUUCCCAGUGCUUCUUCUGGCUGUUUUACUUGCAUUUUAUUGAUAAGAAAUUUAUUUGGGUCUCAGAAUUCAGCCUAGAAGUUUAAUUGCAGAUAUGUAUACACAUAUAUUAAAUUUUAUAGCUGCUGUUUCCCUUCUUGCAGAUAUAAGAAUAAAUCCUAGCCAAUUUGACUAAAGUCUAAAUAAAAUGCAAAAUAAUAACUCUCUUUAUGAUGAGAAUCUAUACUUUAAAUAGAUUUUCACAUACUGAAUUGGCAAGUUUGGAGAUGCUUAAGAUAAAGAAAAAGAUGGGAGGGUAUAUGGGAGUGAGCCCAGAUUUGUUGGCUGAAUAAAGUUUAAUAAGCUUUUUAAAGUGUGUUUGGUCAUGGGGAGAAUUUACAUCACAAAAAAUGUUGAGUCUUAUAACCCAUGACACUGUAUAUCUCUCCAUUUUAGAUCUUUAAUUUCUCCCUCUUGUAGUUUUUAGCACUGUGCCCAUUUUAUGUCAUGUUUAUCCUGAGUAUUAAGCAUUUUUGAAUAUUAUAGUUUAAUUUUUUUAAUUUCUUAUUGUUUAUUGCUAAUAUAUAGAAAUGCACUCAUUUGUUCUAGGAACU